ACGAAUCUUGUCUUAGACACGUCUACUUAUUCCAAGUGAUACAACUGUAUAAAGUAGUGUACGUGGUCACGAUAUUUAAGCCAUUUAUUUUUCAUGAAUCGAAAAAGGACGAGGCUGUCUCUCUCCCGGAGAAAGAAGACAAAAAUCAGUGGAGUGGAAGACAUGAAGAGUGAGUUGUGCGGCCGAGAUGGAAACUCUGAAAUUGUAGUUUUUCCUCCAGAUGAAAAUCCAGUUAUUGAAUCAAAGCAGAACCACGCUGAGGCAAAAGAUUCUCAAAGCAACAAAAAAAUCAAGUUAUCAGGCAAAACAAAAGAAACAACAGGAGUUAAUUGCAUGGAUAACAAUAAUGGGAACCCAGCAAAUAAGAGAAUAGCGACGUGGUUUCUGAAACCAUGCAGUCCAAAAUCAGUUUCUUGUCCAUUGUGUGGAAAACUUGCAAUUCUUUCCAAAAUAAACCAACAUUUAGACAGCAACUGUAAACUACACUUAGCUCUACUUAUAGCUGAAGAUUGUACAGCUAAUGAACUUGCUGGAGCACACAGUUGUUCUCCAUGCAGUUCAGACUACUCAGCAAAAGAGGUGCUAAAGCCAAGUUACCAGAAUGCAGACAGGAAAGAAAAUAGGUCAGAAUGUUACAAACCCUGUGUGAAAAGUCCAGAAUCAAGGGAUGAAAAUUUAGCCCUUGAGGGUGUUUCUUCUAUCUUAAAGCCUGCAAAUGAAAGAAAUGAUUUUAUCCUCUUGAAGAAAAUGUCACAGAAGAUGGAUAGUAAGAAACAAAGUCCUUUUGCCAUGGAUGAAGAAAGCUGCAUUGAAUCCAGUAGUGAUUGUGAUCAAGGUACUGCAUGUCAGGAACCAUGUGAUACAUUUGCAACUCUUUCUAGGGAAGGAAAAUCAAUUCACAAUGAUGGCAAUGAUCCAAAUGAAGUUCAAGCAUCUAACAUAAACUUAACAGAAGAUGUUUCUGAAAAUUCCAAGGAGAAAGAAGACAAAGACCAUGAACCAUACUAUUUAGCUAAUUUUAAGCUUGUAGUGAACAAUGUCUUGUCAAACAAGGAUGACAGGCAGUUGUUCAAUGAAGAAGAUAAUGGUAUAAUUGAUGCUUUCAAAGUCAUGUCUUCAGAGGAGCAGAAGCUGUAUAUCCGUCUUUUCCAGCGUAAACAUGGAUGGUUUAGGUGCAGCAAACUGGAAUAUCCGAGGAUCAGUAACAAUCUGACACCAAUUUUAAAGUCUCUUGCAGAGAAAGGUUUUUUAGAAGAUGAAAGUCAUCUCAGAGAUCUCCGGGAAGCAUUAAAUCUUUCAGCAGCUCCAGACUUAAAACUUUUGGUCAAAACUCUUCAUAUUUCAUCAAAAUCUGUUGGCCAGAAGGGGGGAACCAAGGAAGACACAAUAGAAAUGAUUGUUAACCAUGCUGAGAACCAAAAGACACUCUUUGGAAGUUUUAGAGCUGUUGUUUUGAAGAGGGUUAAGCAAACCCUUGGUUGUUGUGUGAGACUGGCAGCUUAUCCCAAAGAUGUGUUCAGCAGACUUCUUUUGUUGUUUACUAUGAAUGUUAUCCCAGAUGAUGAAGACUCCUCAAACAAUGGACAGGCGCAGCAAUUGUCAACACUCUACCUUGCUAAUAUUGGUAAAGUUGUCUACCCAGCAUAUGUGAUUGACAGACCAACACCAGUUUUUCACUCUCGAGAUAGCCUCAUCCAAUUCUCUGAAGCAUAUCAGCAUAAGUAUGAGAUGCUUGUAGCACUUGAAAAUAAGAACUUUGAACAAGCCUAUAUUUACUAUCCAGAAGCUUCAAAGAAAUUUGAUGAUAUUCUGGCCAAGCUAAAAAAUUGUUCAGAAAUCUCUGCUGCACUCCUCCCAGGCCACUUGCGAUGCUUCACUGCUGAGUGGGCCAUCACUAAGAUGUGUUAUUAUGGAGUGGAAGUGUUACAGAAAUGGCGAAAGUAUGAUGAGGCUGUCAAUCAACUUGAAAGUCUGCUUCAACAAGACAUAUUUUGCUUUGAUUCGCGUGGACGGUGGUAUGAUAGACUGGCACUGAAUUUGCAUCAGCACUUAAAACAACCUGAAAAGGCUAUGCAGGUCAUCCGGGAAGCCCUUCUAGACCCACAUGUUCGGUUUGGGCGUCGUCUUGCCCUGAUACAGAGAGCCAAGCGCAUCCUCUCUUCCCCAGCAUUUACUAAAGGGAAGAAGAAAAAAUGUGAAGAUUAUGGAGACCUGGAGUUAAUAGAACCAGACUCAUCUAAGAGUAUCACUAUAUCUGGGACAAGAUGUGCAGAACUUGGAGUCUUCAUUGCUCCUGAGAUUGAUCAAGAUGGCCAAGUAAUUGAUGGUACAACAACCUUCUGUGCAGUGGAGGAAUAUGCCUUGUCAUAUUAUCGCCAGAAGGGAUUUGACCAAGGAAUCCAUGGAGAAGGAUCCACUUUCUCAUCACUUUACAUCUUAUACAUGUGGGACAUCAUAUUUGCAAGUGGAAUUCCAGAUGUUUUUCGAAGUCCAUUCCAAGCUGCUCCCCUUGACUUCUGCUAUGAUGCAUUUUACGAAAGUCGCAAAGAAAUUAUUGACAAGAGGCUGGAGGAAAUCUCAAUAACGUCAGUUGAGAAACUUCAGGACAUUCUGUCCAAAGCUUGGAAUGAUUACGAAGGGCAGGUUUGUUCAGGAAUAAGCUGGGAUCGAUUCACAAGUGUGGAGCAAGCAAAACAACUUGUAGCCUGCCUGGGUGGUCAGAUAAUGUCUGGGAUCUUCACUCGGUUUGCUCAAGGAUACCGCUAUAGUCGCGCUGGUAUGCCUGAUCUGGUCGUAUGGAAUUCAUCCACUCUUGAUUACAUGAUUUCUGAAGUUAAGGGUCCAGGGGACAAGCUUUCUACCAAGCAAUUAAUCUGGCUGGAUGUUUUACAGUCCCUUGGAGCUAAUGUCGAAGUCUGCUAUGUGACUGAUGUUGGCGCUAAGCGCCUUAAAGUGUCAAAAUAAAUGUCCUCCACGAGUCAGCUGGGGAUGGAAAUUCGACCUUCGCUUUGAAAUAAUAUUUCAAAUAUUAUAUGAAUUACUUCGUUACUUACUACAGAGUAGAGGAAUAAAUCGACAAGUGAAUAUUUUA